AUGGCCGACCAGCUUACCGAAGACCAGAUCGCCGAGUUCAAGGAGGCCUUCUCCCUGUUUGACAAGGACGGCGAUGGCACCAUCACCACCAAGGAGCUUGGCACCGUCAUGCGAUCGCUCGGUCAGAACCCCACCGAGGCAGAGCUGCAGGACAUGGUCAAUGAGGUGGAUGCCGACGGCAACGGCACUAUCGACUUUCCCGAAUUCCUCACCAUGAUGGCACGCAAGAUGAAAGACACUGAUUCGGAAGAAGAGAUCAAGGAGGCCUUCAAGGUAUUCGACAAGGAUGGAAACGGCUUUAUUAGCGCCGCUGAGCUUCGACAUGUCAUGACCAACUUGGGCGAGAAGCUCUCAGACAACGAGGUCGACGAAAUGAUCCGAGAGGCUGACGUCGAUGGCGACGGCCAGAUCAACUACGACGAAUUUGUCAAGAUGAUGCUGAGCAAGUAG